CGGAGGCCCCGCAGCCUCCCAGCGGCCUCUCGCUUCUGACCCGGAGGCGCGCGCGGCUCUGUCCAUGGAUCGCGCGGCGGUGGCCAGGGUGGGCGCGGUGGCGAGCGCCAGCGUGUGCGCCCUGGUUGCGGGGGUGGUGCUGGCUCAGUACAUAUUCACCUUGAAAAGGAAGACGGGGCGGAAGACCAAGAUCAUCGAGAUGAUGCCAGAAUUCCAGAAGAGUUCAGUUCGCAUGAAGAACCCUACAAGAGUAGAAGAAAUUAUCUGUGGUCUCAUUAAAGGAGGAGCUGCCAAACUUCAGAUAAUAACAGACUUUGAUAUGACACUGAGUAGAUUUUCCUAUAAUGGAAACAGAUGCCCAACAUGUCAUAAUGUCAUUGACAACUGUAGGCUGAUUUCAGAUGAAUGUCGACAAAAGUUACUGCAACUAAAGGAAAAAUAUUAUGCAAUUGAAAUUGAUCCUAAUCUUACUGUAGAAGAGAAGUAUCCUUAUAUGGUUGAAUGGUAUUCUAAAUCACAUAGCUUGCUUGUUGAACAGGCUAUACCAAAAGCUAGACUUAGAGAAAUUGUGGCAGAAUCUGACAUUAUGCUCAAGGAAGGAUACGAGAAUUUCUUCGAUAAACUCCACAAGUACAAUAUCCCUAUGUUCAUAUUUUCGGCUGGAAUUGGUGAUGUACUCGAGGAGGUUAUCAGGCAAGCUGGUGUUUAUCAUCCAAAUGUCAAAGUAGUGUCCAACUUCAUGGAUUUUGAUGACAGUGGGGUGCUCAAAGGAUUUAAAGGAGAACUAAUUCAUGUAUUUAACAAACAUGAUGGUGCCUUGAAGAACACAGACUAUUUCAAUCAACUAAAAGACAACAGCAACAUAAUUCUACUUGGAGACUCCCAAGGAGACUUAAGAAUGGCAGAUGGGGUGACCAAUGUUGAACACAUUCUGAAAAUUGGGUAUCUAAAUGAUAGAGUGGAUGAGCUUUUAGACAAGUACCUGGACUCUUACGAUGUUGUUUUGGUAAAGGAGGACUCUUUGGAGGUAGCCAACUCUGUCUUACAGAAGAUUCUGUAAAGAAGUAUUCUUGGACAAGACCUCUCCUGUGUGUACGUUUUAUGCAAGAGCUGCUCAUCUGUUCAUCUGCUGAAAAACUUUUAUUUAUAAUAUAUUCUAGCUCUUGAAGUUUUUCCUUUCCAUUGCUGAAGUAUAUUUUCAGACAAGCUGAAUCCAUCAACUGGAAACUCCGUUUUCUCCACCUCUCUCAACACACUCCUCACCGUAUUUUUUUAACAGAUUUAAAAAAAAAAAGGUCAUUAAACCAAAAUUUGAAAAAUAACUCCCUACAUUUUCAAAGUGAAUUUCAUAGUUUGUUACUGGGAAGAUUUUGAGGAGUCUUUUUACACUGAGAAAGCUUAUAGAGGUUUAAGAAGUUUUAUGAAAUGGUAAAAUGACAUGGUUUUAAGUACUGUCAUUUUUCUAAUUUGGGUGCAUGAUGCUGAUGGCAUCACAGUCUUUUGAAGUGUGUUAUGUUUGGUUAUUUUGUUUGGUGUGAAAAUCACUAUUUAACAGAAAAUAUUGGCACUUGGUGUUUGAAAAUUGGUAUCCACGUUCACUAAUCAUAAAAUGUUCUGUGUUGAAGCACUGAUAAUAAACAUGAAAUGAAAAACUUUUUUAA